UUUUCGCGCGCUGUGGCGCAUUACCCCGGGAUCAGAAACGCCAUAACAGCAAGCUGCGAAGAUGGCAGGUAUACUGGAUGUCCCGAAACCAAGAAUAAACUAUUCUAUGCUGUCUCAGCACAUUAAUCGAGCGGUCUGCUUUGUCGGGCGGGUUGGAAAGGUUCAUCCAACUGGGAAAACGUUUACUGUCACAGAUGGAGAAGGAAAAACUGUAACAAUUGAACUGAACGACCCUCUGGAAGAAGAGCUGAGCGGCAUUGUGGAGGUUAUCGGUAUGGUGUCCAGCAGAGGCGAAAUAAUGGCCACAACAUACAACAUCCUACGGGAAGACAAGGGCAUUUCCUUUGAUUUGGAGCUGUACAAUGAGGCCCUGAAAGUCAUCCAUGAUUUCCCCCAGCACUAUCCCUUUGUGGUGGCUGCCAGUGGUUGAAACCUACAUUUGGAGAUUUGUGUCAGUUUGUUCGUUUUUGUGCCUAAUUUCUGCAGUGAAGGCAUAGUUUUGUACAAAUGUUUUUCAAUAAAUUUAUUAAGUUUAAAUACUGCAACAAGUGGAAGUUAUUCUGCAUAAAUAAAACUGAAUAGACCAA